AUGCAAACAUUUUCUUCCUCUUUAAAAAAUAUAUCUUCUUCUUUUUCUUCUUCUACUCUCCUCCUUCUCCCUUCAUCCCCUCCUCUUUCUUCUUCUUCUCUUCCUUCUCCUCCUUCUCUCCUCCUCACCAUUCUCUCCUUCUCCUCCUCCUUCUUCUUCUUCUUCUUCUUCUUCUUCUUCUUCUUCUUCUUCUUCUUCUUCUUCUUCUUCUUUCCUUCUCCUCCUCCAUCUUAUCUCCUACUUUUUCUUCCCCCUCAUCUUUCUUCUUUUCUCAUCCUCCUUAUUCUUCUUUUACUCCUACUUUCCUCCUCCUCCUCCUCCUCCUUCUUCUUCUUCUUCUUCUCUGCCUUCUACCUUUCCUUUUUCUCUCCUCUUCCUACCAUCCCCUUCUUCUCCCCCUCCUUCUUCUUCUUCUUCUUCUUCUUCUUUUGCUUCUCUUCCUCCUCAUCCUCCUCAUGCAUCAUCUUCUACUCCUCCUUCUCCCACCCCUUCUUCUACUGCUCUUUCUCCUCCUCCCCGUUCUUUCCGUUGCUAAAUCAACCGGCACAUAUGCGGCAUAAACACAGGAUCUGCAAAAAUUGCUCUCAUAUACGCCAUCGCAGCAUCCUCAUCCAGCAAUGCUAUACCGUGAGUGUCACUUAA